UUGUCACAAAUACCGACUGUCAUACAUUCCAUGUAGAACUAUAUGUAUAGAAAGGGCUGUAGGGUUCAGUAGAUGCUCUGUACUCCACUGGCUAAAGAUGGAAUCAGCUCAGGUGCUUGUCCUGGUUAUGACUCUCUGUAUAGGGACAGCAUAUUCCUUAUCAUGUUACACGUGCACCAACGAGGGCAGCAACAGUAACUGCAUGACGGCCGUUAACUGUACUGCUGGAACUGACUCCUACUGCAAGACAUCUGUUCUGAGUGUUGUGUUUUCUUUCAGUGUCAAGCUGCUGCAGCCCACUGGGAAAUCUCCUGGUAUCCUAGAAGACCAAUCCAGCCCUGGCUAUGGGGGAGACAAAAAAAAUAACAAUAAUAAAGCAGAUAGAUAUACUGAUCUCUCCAUCACUAAGGAAUGUGCCUCAGCCUGCACAGAAGUCACCUUGCAUUCUUCAUCGGCUUCAAAUUCAGUCUCCUGCUGUAACACGAAUUUGUGCAACACCAGUGGCGCUUCCAGUGUGAAAUCCAACUCUGCCACCCUCGCUCUGUCUGUGGGGCUCUUCCUGGCUCUGCUGGGGAAAUCCUCUCUCUGAUGCGCAGGACAACGCCCCCGAGGAUCCAGCAUUUAGUUCUCCAACAAGUUGUCAAAUAUCAUUUAGAUGAUAUUAUCUAUUGGUUUUAAUCAAUAAAAAUAUAAUUAAAACAUAAAUAAA